AUGCAAUGUUAUGAAAGAGCAGGACUUCCUCACAGGAAUUAUGCAAAUAUGAAAUCAAUGGAUUUCACCUCUCUUUAUACAGAACUCGAACACUCCGAUAUCAUUAAUGCAAUGAUUAACAUGCUUGAAUAUGGACGGAGUAUUGAUAAUUCCAUGUUCAAUCCUCAACAUAAUAAGGCAACAUUGCACAUGCUCCAAAUCGUUCUGGGAACUACAUACUUUAAAGUACCAGAACUUGACAAGUUCUAUCAUCAAAAGAAAGGUAUUCCAAUGGGAACCAAUGCAGCUCCAAACAUUGCAAAUCUCACUCUUUGUUAUUAUGAAUUGGAAUGGACUAGUCAUGACCAAGACGCUCUUGGAAAAUUGAGAAAUAACAAAUUACAUCUUGAGAGAUAUAUUGAUGACAUUUUCACAAUUCACUUCCAUCGUGUAAAUGAAGGAAGACGUGGUCAACUUCAAAAAUAUAUCAGAAAUCUCAAGAGAUAUUAUCCAAAAUCUCUAAUUCUCAAUGACGCAUCCACAGAUUCAUUCCUUGAUAUCAAAUUCUUUUUCAAUCCUCAAAAUGAUGAAUCCGAACCAUUUCGAAUUGAAACAACAACACAUCAAAAGGAACUCAACUUGUAUCAAUAUACAAGAAAAGAUUCUUGUGCAGCUCCUGGUGUUGUAAAGGGACUCAUUCAUGGAGAAUUGAUUAGAUAUGCAAAGAGAUGUUCAACAUUUGAACUAUGGGUUGGAAUUAGAGAUCGUUUCAAGGAGAGACUUCACACAGAGGAUACUCCUACAAAUUUAUUAAUAAGUAAACCUCCACCAGUUUGGAGAGUGGUCUUUAAGGGAACUGACAAUCAUAUUCCUUAUAGGAAAAUUCUCAAUCAUGUAUGUGAGGGUAUUACAUUUGUGAAUGAUCCUUCAAAAGUGAUCAUUUGUAAUAUCAGAAUGCCUACAAUUAUUGAAUUGCUCAGAGCAUUUCAAAAGAAGAUUGAAUUCUUCAAAUAUCUCAAUCCUGAUUGUACUCAACAACAGAUUGAUACACAAUUUUAUAAGUUCAUUGCUAACAAAUUUUUAGCUUUGAAAAGAGGAACUCACCUCAACAAGAUUACACAACGAAGGGUUGGAGGAAAGGAUCUUUUGGAGGAUCUUAAACCCCCCAACACCCCAGCGAACCCUCCAACCCCACUAAUACUACGCUUACUAACCCAAACCAAACCAAACCAUCAACCAAGUAACAAUCCAGGAAGUUCACAACCACCUGAUGAUAUACUUGGACGAAUUACAAGGCUUGGUACCGAACUAACACCACCAAGAAAGCGAGUGGAACGACCACAAGCUUCAUCGAAUGAAACUCCUUCCUCAAUUCCAUCAAAUAGGAAGAAGAAGAAGAAAUCAUCGAAUGAAGAGAAGAAACGAACUUUGAAACAGAAAUGUAUUGAUUCAUUUUUUACAAAGUCGAAUUCCAACAAUCAAAAUUCCGAUGAUUCCGAUGAUUCCGGUGGCGGGAACAGUAAGAAAUCAACCAAACUCAAUCAAUAA